GCCAGGCUCGCCUGCGCUGCGAUUUCUAAUUGUCAACUUGUAAAAUGUAAACAGUUUACGUUAUUUGUGUUUUUGUUUUUACCUGUGCUUCUGGUGUUUUUAUUUCAUGUGGAAGAACUCAUUGGUUUGGUUGAUGAACUAUUGAGUUAUAUUUCAAUUGUUUUCUAUUACAAGUUCAACAAAUUUAAGUACGUGCCAACUUAUCAAGUGGAACUAUGGAGAGUCGAGUUUUACAGAUUAAUCAGGAAAAGAGGUGCUGGCAUUUUGAGAGUGGUAUCUGACUCCUUUUCAGUAUGUCAUCCAAGUUGCUUAGAACAAAUCAGCGGAAAGUGCGUAUGCUGAAGGUGGUCAGCCUGGUCACCCUGACGCUACAGAAUGCUGUCUUGGGACUCAGCAUGCGAUACGCCUGUACCAGAACCGGUGACAAGUUCCUCUCCUCUACAGCCGUAUUCAUGGCUGAGCUGGUGAAGCUGGUAACCAGUCUAGCUCUCGUGUAUAAAGAAGAAGGCAGUAGCAAGCGAUGGAUAGCAACACUACACAACAACAUUGUCAACCAACCGAUGGAUACUCUCAAAGUGUGUGUGCCUUCGCUACUGUACAUCAUCCAGAACAAUCUCUUGUAUUUGUCUGCUUCCCAUCUAGACGCAGCUACGUAUCAGGUAACAUACCAGCUAAAGAUCUUGACAACGGCCAUGUUUGCUGUGACGAUGCUCAAGCGAACGUUGCUGGCACAGCAAUGGGCUGCUCUGGUGCUUCUGGCGCUGGGAGUGGCAAUGGUUCAACUGACCGGUGCCUCUGACACGGCUGUCAACAACGCUGAACAGAACAGACUUAUCGGCUUCGCUGCUGCAAUCGGUGCCUGUGUCUUGUCAGGUUUUGCAGGCAUUUAUUUUGAAAUGAUCUUAAAGGGAUCUGACAUAUCAGUUUGGAUGAGAAACGUUCAGCUCAGUUUUCUCUCCCUGCCAUUUGGCUUGUUAACUUGCUUCGCCAAAGACAUGAGUGCCAUCCGGAACAACGGUUUCUUCCACGGAUACGAUUGGUUCAUCGCUUACUUGGUCGUACUACAGGCGGGUGGAGGACUAAUGGUGGCGAUGGUAGUUAAAUACGCUGACAACAUAUUGAAAGGGUUUGCCACUUCCCUCGCUAUUGUGAUAUCUUGCAUAGUGUCUGUGUAUCUCUUUGACUUUAUGAUAACAUUUCAAUUCGUUUUAGGAGCUGCUAUGGUAAUAGCUUCAGUAUUCCUUUACAGUUACAGUCCAAAAACCAAACCCACCAAGAGCGUUAUGGACUCAGCAAAAGAAUCUUUGCUCAAAGUUUAAUUGUUUUCCUUAAAGUUUAAUUUAUUACUUAGUUUGUAAGUUUUUCUCAAGGACACAAAUAAUAUGUAUUAUAACAAUUAUAUUUACAGUUAUUUCAAAUGAUUAAAAAUAUUGAAUAAUUUCUACAACAAGGAUGAUUUUUGAUACUGUAUCGAUUUACAGUUGUAAAUAUACUUACUAUGUCAGUAGGAGCCUUAUUGUUAUAAGACAGGUUAGUUAAGGAAGAUUCUUCUUAAAUACUUAUUAAGUGUUUCGAACACAAUUUAAGACAAGUGACAUGACAGAUCAAAUAACUUCCUACUCUAUAAGAAAAUACGCCCGCCGCAGCAACCUUGCAGACUAAGCGAAGUUCCAUUUCUCUGAUUGGAUUUUCACUUAAAUAUUUCCUUAAACAUGUCAGAUUUAUUCCCUAUUUAAUUAACAUUAGGGUUAACAAUUACUAAGGUUUGCUGCUACAGGGAAGGUAAAAAAGUGUGUUAUUAGUAAACUAAUUAUAGCUUAGUAUAAAAUUAAUAACUUGCCAAGUUUGAUCAAAAUAUAUCAAUAAACAAGCAAACCAUAACAGAUUACUUCUCCAUAAAAACACAGCAGAAUUUUAAAUUUAAAAGUUUUUGAAUUUCCUCCGUAACUAAUAACACUUAAUUUUUUUAAGCUCUUCAAAAUGGUUCCGAGAAAAUUAAUACAUUUUAUGUAUUGAGGUCAAAAAUGAAAAUAUAACAAUUUUUACCCCAUAAACCCCCCAUAAAACGCUGUUCCCAUGGUCCGAUCAUGCUGGUUUACACGUUUGUACCAAAUUUAAUCAAAAUCAGAUGAUCUUUGCUCGAGUUAUAGUGCUAACAGACUCACAUAUACUAACAGAUUUUUGAGAUCUGUAUAUGAAUAUCAUUCAUAUACUAGCAACCUGGGUCACUUUGUGACUUAAUAAGUCCAUGAUAUAUUUGAUAUUAGUUGAUAAGGAUGAAAACGAUUAUGUCUCAUCACAUCGCUAUUAUAUGCAUUACGAAAGCCCUAUUAUUUUCAUUGCGUGCGCGAUCUUUUCGAGGUAUCUAAGAAAAAUUACAAAUACUAACGAAACAGACUAUGAAGACUCAAAACUAACGUAAGUCAUUUUCUUCUAUACAUUUUGCACAACUAACAUUACAAUACUUUACUUGAAUUCCCUAAAACCUCAAUACAACAUUAUAUGAGGACACACAAUCUCACAACACAAUAUCUAACGUAAGUCAUUUUCUUGUUUACAUUUUAUGCUACGAACAUUACAAAAUUUUACUUGAAUUCACUGUAACAUCACCUACUACAGAUAACCCCAUUUUCGUAUGGAUGUAAACAAAAUUGUAUCACGGCCAUCCGUUUUGAUGUAAACAAAUGUAAACUUGAAAAAGUUUAGAUGAUUGACAACAGAAUUCAGAACAAACUAUGAAAUUUUAAAAGCCUCUACGACGAAGGGCUUUUACGGGAUAUCAUCCAAACCCGCAAAAGGCACAUCUAGAGGAUAAGAGCUUUAAAUCGACACCCAAUUGUCACCCAAUUUAUAUAA